AUGGCCGGAACCGACGCGGGCGAGGCGAAGGCGGGGAAGGCACGGGAGUUUGGCGCUCUGACGGGCGCAGAGACAGGCACGUCGACCGCUCCAGCGACGAGCGUCUGUGAGAGAGUUCGAAGGCUUGCGGAAGUGCGUGAAGAAGGCGUUCUUGUUUCUCCAGAGAGGUUUCGCGAAUGCGCCGCUCAAGCGUCACGGGAAGUCGCCGCGUGCGUCGGUCAGGACCGUCGCGCGGCGCCUCUCGGUUCCUCCUCAGAACAGCGCCGAGGGCCAGCGCGCAGCGCGGGAGUCGGGAGAAGACGCCUCUUUGAGUUGCUCGAAGCAGUCGCGUUCGACCGGGAAGGCUUCCUGUGCAGCGCCUUCCGCGCCGUGCUGUUCCCCAUCCUGACGGGCUGCGCAUCUCCGUCACCCACUGCGUUGCGGCUCGUCGCCUUUCUUCGAGCUCGCCAGUUGGCGGUCCGCAGCGAAGACUCGGAAGAAGAAAAAGACUUGGAAGAAGAAAACGACUUGGAAGAGCUUGCUGCCGAUGGAUGCGAAGAGCGCCGCAGGCUGGGCAUGCAAAGGGAAAAGUCUCGAGAAAAAGGCGAGUUGGGUAAGAGGCGAGACGCCGCUCGCACGGCCAGAGGUGACUGCGCGCGUGCCCGGCCGGCGACCGAAGGAGAGUGUGGGAGCAGUGCGGAGCCUCCGAGCGCGAGAGAGGAAUCAGACGGCAGCGCCGGCGAGGCGAAACCGCGGGUUCCGACGCAUGUCCAGGGCGGCCAGCGCAGGCACGAUGGAACCACGAAAGAUUCGCCGCAGAGGGGCGAGGGCUCCGACGCGGCCGCUGAGUCCUCGCCAGGUCGAGAAACUCUUGACGGAUCUCUGCGCGCCGAGCUGUACCGCCAGACUCUCGCCGCUCUCCACGUGUACUCGAGGCUCGUCUCCCCCCCUGUCGACCCUUUGCGCGCUGCCCAGCGCCACGGCGAGGACGCUGGAAGCGACAGGCCUGCAGCGUGUACAGACGGGGAGCGCCUCGCGGGGCAAGAGGCGGGACUGUCGCGUCGCCUUCGACAGGCGGCGGGCGAGGCGGAGGGCGCCGCGAUGCUGCUCUUUCUUCUCCAAGGGAACCCUGAGACGUCGGGCGUCUUCUCGCCGCGAUCCGCGGUCGAGCCGCACGCGGGCGCGCGCGCUGGCGUGGAGCAGCUCUCCGCAGAGAGCGAACGCUCAGCGGAGGCCUGUGGAAGAGACGGAGCGGACGAAGACGCGAGUCAGCAAGUCCUCGCAGCGCUCCAAGCCGCGGGGGUCAAACGCAGCGUCUGGGACUUGAGUCCGCUGGUCGAGAAACUGAAGGCUUCCGCUUCUUUUCGAACGCCGGCGGGCGGCGCGGCGCGAGGCAGCCCCUGGGAACAGGAAGGCGAGCUCGUCUCUCCAGAGGAGAAGAUGCAGGUUGCGAAGGACGUGGCGCGGUCGAUGCAGCAGUGGCGGCUGGGAGAGGCGCCGAGCAGAGACGCCGGCGCCACAGGCGCCACAGGCGGCGAGGGGCGGGAGUGCGUGGACCAGGCUCCGCUUGCCAGCUUCCGCGGAGGCGGAGUGCCCGGCGCGUCGACGUCUGCGACUCUCGCGGGUUUCGCAGAAGACCAGCGAAGCUCAGCGGACGCCAGACAGGCCGAGGCGCCCGGCGCGGCGAGCGCCGUGGGAGAAGUCCGGGGCGCGCGGGGGGAGAGCAGAGAUGAAGCGGCGGAAGGACGCGGAGACGCCACAUGCCUGCGAGACACACUGGAGACCAUUCUGCUCGCGGUCGUUGCGCGACACAGCGGACGACUCUUCUACACUCAAGGCAUGCACGAUGUGGCGGCUGCUCUCCUUCUCCUCCUGUUCAACGCCGGGCGGUUCCUGCUCUGCGUCGCUUGGCAGAGACGUGUGUCUCCCCCACGCAAAGCUGCGCGCUUGCCAUCUGGACCCCGCUCGUGUCCGCGUCGACUCUCUCUCGCGUCAUCUCCCUCCGCGUCUCCUGAGGGCCGGUCCGCCUUUCCUCUGUCGGAUUCUGUGCGUUUCGAGCGGAGUUCGCUCUGCACGCUUCGCCGCAUGCGGGCUCCGACCUUUCGCGCGUUUCUGGCGAAGCACCACGCGCUGUCCGGACACCUCGCGGACGUGGCUUUCUCCCUGACGGAGCGUCUGUGCGUCUUCCAUCUCUGCGACUUCUUCGCUGCGUCCCUGGACGCCGCGCUGCUCCCGUGGCUGGCGAUGCUGUCCCUCAUCCUGCGGAGGCUGGACUCGGCCGUCCACGCCGUCUUCCGCGCCACUGCUCCCGCGGGGCGAGACGAGAGCCGCCCGUGGCCAGCCGCGAGCGCAGACGACCGCUCCUCCGACGAAGCGCCCGACGGCGCGCGCUCCGGCGACGCGGGAGACGCGGGCGACGCGCGCAGCAGGGAAAAGACAGAAGGCGAGGACAGGGAGAAAGGCGAGGACGGAGCGGAAAGCACAGAUGAAGAAGACCCACACGCUCCGUGUUCGACUGGGGCCGAGCUGCAGCCGUGCACGUCUUGGCUGAUUACGAUUUUCGCGCACUCCUUCUCGUCCUUCCCGGGUUUGUGUCGGGUUCUGGAUUGCUCGUUGGCGGCGCAUCCGCUGUUUCCUCUCUACUUUGCAGCGACGGUUCUCUCUCGGCAACGCACGCUCAUUUUUCGCGAGUUCGAAGAGGCGCUCGCGUCGCCGCUCGCGGGCCGUCUUCCCCUCGCCGUCGCACAGAUUCUCGGGGCGCCUGGCAGGCUGGACGGGGAGCGGCUGGCACGCGUCAUCGUCGCAGCCGAGAGAGGCAGGCGGCGGGCCGAGCGACGCGGGAGGGGACACGUGGACGGAUCGCGGGGGGCGAGGCAGGUCGGUGAAGCUGCGAACGGUGUAGAUACAGCCGAGCGAGCGGCAGGCAAGGAAACGCUGCUCGAGACGCUUCGAGCCCACGUCGGCGACGACAUCUACGCCAGACUUCACGGUUUGAUUCAGAACAUCGAUUUCGACGCACUGCCUCUGAACGAGGUUCUGCGAGACACGUACAGAGCCCUCCGGGUGGCUGUGCCGCCGGAGACGGUUCUCAGGGAAGCGAAACGCCUGCGGAUUCGCCUGCCUCCCUUCUCGCCCGUGUACAACUUCCCGUAUCCGUGGAUGCGAGAAGAAACCGACGUCGCUUGGCAAACUUCAGGGACUGUCGACUCCUCGGUGCUUGCGAGGCCUGCCUCGCCGCCGGGUUUCGCCGCGGCCGCGUCUUUGCCUUCGGCUGGGCAUGUGACGGGCAUCGCGCGGCGCCGCGCAGGCUCAGCGCGGCGGCCUCAAAAGAAGCGAAAGACGUGCAGCGCUCGAAAGGAAGCGCGAGAAGAUCGGGAGAUCACCGCCGGCAGAGACGCAGGCGCAGACGCCUGCGUUCUGCAGACGGCGCACUCCCUCGACUACUCAGCCUCAGUUCUCAAGCAUCUUCCGCUUCCUGCGCAUCUCGCCUCCCUCAGAGAAGAAGCCAAAGCCGAGAAAGCGAAGGAAGAGGAGGCACACGAGGCCGCGCAUGCAGAGACAAAACGCCUGAGGACCGGCGAGGCCGAGCGCCUCGCGAAGAGUGACGCCGGGGAACGUUUAUCUCCGUUGUUUCCCGCCGAGCGGCGCGGCGGCUGUGCUUCGACGCAGACUGAACUGCAACCCGUGUCGACAUCUAACAGGAAGAAAAAGAAGCCACAAAAGCCCUUCAGUCGCUCUUCUCCCGCUUCUUCCGCUUUGUCUUUGUCUGCGUCUCCUCUGUCUGCUUGCCUCUCGUCUUCUUCCUCGUUGGCCUCUGCUGCGUGCGCUGCCUCGCGUUCCUCAGCUUUGCGUGAGGGAGGCGGCCGAGGCGACUCCCAGACAGAAGGUUCCCGCUGCGCGCCUCGGAGCACUGUGCCGCCGGUGUAUCUGUACGUACCAGUUCGCCCCUCUUCGCGCUCAAAAUCCCCGGGGAAAGCGGGGCGAAGCCGGCGAGCCUCCGCGCCGUUCUAUCCGUCGCGGUGGAGAAGCGUCGCGCGCGUCGAGGCUCUCGCGAAGCGCGAGUCGCGCCCUGACCACACGGAGGCGACUCGGGGGCUCUGGGCCGGGGCCGCGCGGCUUCUUCUCGCGGUUUUCCGGACGUUCCUCGCUCACCAACUUAGGUGGGGGAGACGCCUCCUCGCGUUCUUCCGCCGGUUCUUAGGGACUCUUGCGCUCCAGAGCGGGAAGGUAAACCGAGAAGGAGACGGCGAACGCCUCAGUCUCCAGGGCGGUCGCAGCGAGGAGCGCGCAGUUGCAGCGACAAAGCAGGGAGGGGGUGCGCGAGAGGAGGAGCUCGGCGAGGGGUGCUCCUCGCUCGCGUCGCGCUCCCGCGGGAAGGCGAGAAGGAGACAUAUGCCCGUGCACAUGCUGAAUGGGCCAGCGAGGGACGAACGCGCAGUGCAGGCGCGGCGGGGAUCGGCGGUCGGGGAACCUCCGCAAGGGUCGGGGUUUUUUUUUCGCCUGCGUUUUGUCUGGCCCCGCGGCGAGAGGAGCAGAACGGAGACGCGGGAAUCACCGAACCCGGAUGAGAGCGAAACCAGCGCGCAGACGAAUCAGAAAGGCAAGAACGCCGCCCAGUCGGUGUCCGUCCUUUCCUUCCCCACGUCGCUUCUGAGUCUCGGACUCUUGGGGGCCUUGUGUCUCCUCGUCGCGAUUCUCCACCUCCAAGACAUGUCGCUCUCGCGCGCGUCGCUCUCGUCUUCUCUCCGCCACUUUGUCCGUCUCUUUCUGCCUCGCUAG